AUGCCUACUCUCGUUGGCAAAGAAAUUGGCCCUAUCGGCUAUGGCACCAUGAGAAUGACCUGGCAGCCUGAGCCUCCCAGCCAAGAAGUCUGUUUUGAAACUUUGAACAAAACGCUGGAACUCGGCGCAAACUGUUGGAAUGCGGGCGAACUCUAUGGCACGCCAGAGUACAACUCGCUGCACCUCCUCAACAAAUACUUCUCCAAGUAUCCCCAAAAUGCGGACAAGGUCGUGCUCAGCAUCAAAGGCGGCUUGAAACCGGGCGAGUUGGCGCCGGAUGGCUCGGAGAAGAACCUGCGUCGGAGUGUGGACGAGUGUCUGCGCGUGCUGGAUGGCAAGAAGACCAUUGAUAUCUUCCAAGCCGCACGCCAGGAUCCCAACUACCCCGUCGAGCAUACGAUCGAGGUCCUUGCCAAGUACGUGCAAGAGGGCAAGAUCGGUGGCAUUGGCCUCAGUGAGGUGGACGCGGAAACUAUCCGAAGAGCACACAAGGUUCAUCCCAUUGCAGCUGUCGAGGUGGAGUUGUCUCUCUGGUCGACCGAUCCCCUCGAGAACGAUAUUGCCAAGACAUGUGCAGAGCUCAACAUCCCUCUUGUCGCCUACUCACCACUUGGGCGUGGCGUCCUGACGGGCUCAUUGACCUCCGCAGAAGACAUUCCAGAGGGAGACUUCCGUCGACACUUGCCACGCUUCCAAGGAGAGAACUUCCAGCACAAUCUGAAGCUGGUCAAGGAGGUGAAGAACCUAGCUACGGGCAAGAAUGUUACACCGGGCCAGAUUGCCUUGGCCUGGGUUCGUACUUUGAGCAACAAGCCUGGGAUGCCCACUGUGAUUCCCAUCCCUGGUGGCACAACUGUCGACAAGGUGAUCCAGAACAUGAGCGGCGUGGACGCGCUCACGGACGAGGAUAUGGCUGAAAUUGAUGCGAUCUUAAAACAGCAUACAAUGGCUGGAACCCGCUACUGA